AUGAUAGCAUAAGUGUCAUUUGAGUUGUCAAAGAUUUUACAUUUCCAGAUCAAACUUUUUAGAAUAAAAUAUCUAUAAAAUCACUAUUAUUAUAAUAUCAUUAUUGGCUUUAUAUUGGGUAGUUGUCUGGUUAUAAAUAUCAGGAGCUAUGCUAGAGUAGUUACUGAUCAAUUUGCUUAUGUCUUUGGAAUUUUAUUAUACUGA